AUGUUUAAAAAGGAAGACCAGGCUGUUUCCAAAGAGGUUCGGCCAGAGGAGUUGGGAAGCUUUACCGGCUCCGAAGAAAAAUAUUCUAGCAAUGAAUUUCUAAAUACCGAAAGUAAAACUGGGUUCCAGAACUUUAUUGAUUCUUUCAGAAGAAAACAAGCUACUGAAGAUGAAAGUGCAGGACAGCAAUUGGCAAAAGGUAUUAGUAAGCGUCAUUUGAUUUUAAUGUCUUUGGUUACUGGUAUAGGUACUGGUCUUUUGGUUGGUACCGGUCAGGUUUUGCGUAAGUCAGGGCCAUUGUUUCUUGUUGUUGGUUAUGCUAUUGCCGGGUCGUUUGUGUACCCUACAUUGCAAGCUGCUGGUGAAAUGGCCGUUAAUUAUUCUGAAUUGUCGGGUGGUUAUAAUUCAUAUACAAGAAUGUUUGUUGAGGAUAGUAUUAAUUUUGCCAUUUCAUGGAAUUAUUGUAUCCAAUGGUUGAGUGUUAUUAGUAUUGAGCUUGUUACCGCUGCCAUCACCAUUGAAUAUUGGAUCAGUGAAACGCGAGUGAACCCCGAUGCAUGGGUUGCUAUUUUCUAUGUCGUCAUUGUUGUUAUUCAUUUUAUCGGUUCCAAGGCCUAUGGUGAAUUUGAGUUUAUCAUUGGACUGAUUAAAGUUUGUUUACUUGUUGGUUUCAUUAUCAUGGGUAUUGUUGUUGAUACUGGUGGUGGUCCAACUGGUGAAUUUAUUGGUGGUAGAUAUUGGAGAGACCCAGGUCCAACUAAGAAUGGGUUCAAGGGGUUCUGUUCAGUUUUCGUCACUGCAGCAUUUUCAUAUGGUCAGUCUGAGUUUGUUGCUUUAUCUGCUGCUGAACAACCAAACCCACGCAAGGCCAUUCCAACUGCAUGCAGACUUAUCUUCUGGCGUAUCAUUGUCUUGUUCCUUGGGUCCCUUACCAUUGUUGGUUUGCUUGUGCCAUCGAACUCGGACCAUUUGAUGAGUGAAGGUGGUGGCUCAAACACCUCUCCAUUUGUUCUUUCGGCUGCCCUUCAUGGUGUUAAAGCAGUUCCUUCCAUUAUCAAUGCCGUUAUUCUUAUGUCUGUUACAUCGGUUGCUUCUUCGUCUUUGUAUUCUGCUUCAAGAACUUUGCAAUCAUUGGCCGAACAAGGGUUUGCACCAACUUGGUUCAAUUAUAUUGACAGAGCCGGUAGACCAACGAGAGCAUUAUUGGUUUCAGCUAUCAUUGGUUUGUUUGCAUUUAUUGCUGCAUACAAAAAGCAAGUUACUGUCUUUAAUUGGCUUUUGGCUAUUUCUGGGUUGUCACAAGUGUUUACCUGGAGUGGUAUCUGUCUUUCUCAUGUUAGAUUUAGACAAGCAUUGAAGUAUAAUAACAUCUCGACUGAUGCAUUGGGUUACAAGGCUAGUACCGGUGUUUGGGGCUCCUACUAUGCCUUGGUUUGGUAUGCUUUGGUUUUAAUCUCUCAAUUCUGGAUUGCAUUGUUUCCAAUUGGUGCUUCCAAACCAGAUGCUAAUAACUUUUUCCAAAGUUACCUUGGUGCUAUUGUUUUGGUUGUGUUUUACAUUGGACACAAAUUGUACACUCGUAAAUGGAGAUUGUUGAUCCCAAUAAGCGAAAUCGAUAUCAAUAACGAAAGAACUAUUUUUGAUGAAGAAAUUUUGAACCUAGAAAGACAAGAGGAACAAGACAAAUGGGACAGAGCUCCAUGGCAUAAAAAAAUAAUGAUAUUUGCUUUUAGUCAUUGA